UCUCCUAUCGUGUCAUAAGGGGUGAGGUACUUAGUCCAAGGCAUAUGCCUAAGGGCAGCAGUAGGAGGUGAAGGUGAAUACCCUGAGGACCAAAGGGCUUCUCAGCAGCUGUCCUGCCACUAACAUUCCUGACCACUGUCCCUGACCAUAGUCGUCAUGCCUCGUGGUCUGAAAAGCAAGUCGCGCACCCAUAGGAAACGCCACCAGAUGCGGGCUACCUCUGAUAAUCACCAAGGAGUUCAGGCCACAGCAGAGGCGGCUCCUUCCACCUCUUCUGACCUGGAGGCUAUUCCCCAGAUAGCACCAGCUACCGGGCCCAUUAGCACUUCCGAGGAGGCUCCCACAGAUACUUCUGGCAUAACAUCUAAUGAAGAAAACAACCAAGAUGAGACUCAUCCAUAUGCCCCUGAGCUCUCAAAUACUGAGAUGUCAUUCGGCGAUGUUCUGACUAUGCAGACGGCAAUGCUGGAGCAGUUCCUCCUGUACAAGUACAAAAUGAAACAACCCAUCAAGAAGGAAGAUAUACUGAAGAUUGUCAACCCAAGGUACUUUUCCGAGAUCCUUAAGAGAGCUGCUGAGCGCAUUGAGGUGGUCUUUGCAGUUGACUUAAAGGAAAUUGACCCCACCCUUCACUUAUAUGACCUUGUCAGCAAACUGAAACUCCCUAACAACGGGAGGGUGCGAGCGGGCAGGGGGCUACCCAAGACCGGCCUCUUAAUGACGAUCCUAGGUUUCAUCUUCAUGAAGGGGAACCGUGCGUCUGAAGACGACGUUUGGAAAUUCCUGAAUAAGAUGCGAAUCUAUGCUGGCAGGAAACACCUAGUUUAUGGAGAGCCUAGGAAGCUAAUCACGAAAGAUCUGGUGAAACUGAAGUACCUGGAAUACCGUCAGAUACCCAAUAGUGACCCCGCUCAGUACGAAUUUCUGUGGGGCCCGCGAACCUAUGCUGAAACGAGCAAGUUGAAGGUCUUAGAAUUUUUAGCGAAAGUCAACGAGACCGAUCCUAGCACCUUCACAGAACAAUACGAAGAAGCUUUACGGGAGGAACAAGAAAGAGUUCAAACUGGAGCUGCAGCUGUGCCUGGUGGUAGCGCCAUGGCCAAUGAUGUCCUGGGAGCACCCAGCAGCGUCUCCCGCCCCUAUUGAUAUUGAAGCUUGUGAAGACAUCACAAUAGGGAUUUGAGUGGGAACUUGAAAAAAUCCCACAGUACAAUUUUUGAGCUGAUGGAAAAGAAAAAAAUAA